AUGGACGUCGCCUUCAAUUCUGUUACUCGACGGUGUUCUACCCCCGUAGACUAUAGUCAACGAUCGAGCGGUAGUGAGAAGCGUGAUGUACAAUCACAUCAACUGAGUGUACGUAGAUUAAAUUCGGGCUACUCAGAAUUUAAAAGUCUAAGUGCACAUCCAAAAAUCGGAUCUCCAGAGGAAACGCGAUACAUUUUGGAUUCGAGCAGAAAAGAUACUUCGCGUUUUAAGCAUAGCAGUAGUGUCCCCACUUAUCCCGGUACUAACUGCAGCACUCGAACAGAGCUCGUUGUGCACGAGUACCGAUCUAUUGCCGUUGAGUUGCAGCAGUAUACUUGGGAUACAAAUUCGUGUAAUGACUUGAGAACAGUGCCGGAAUUAGGCGCACCGUUGACUUCACCAUACAAGGCGAAAGUCCAACCAUUUAAUGAGUGCCCUGGUGUUGAACUAGCCGCUCUUAGCAUAGCGGACAAACACGUCGACAGCUGCAGUAUACCACAGCCCCUGUGUCGAUCCCCAGAGUCAUUCGAUGCUUGCAGCCCGGGGUUGGCGCAUGACCUUUUUUUCGAGUCUUCAGCGGUCAUUGUUCCACCAUAUUCUUCUCCUGUACCACUCCCUCUGACAUACGAGCACUCUACGCCGUUACCACACAACGCGACAUCCGCAGAUAGCGAAGCUCUGCUUAAGUGUGGCACUUUUGCAGAAUCAGCGGGUGAGAGGUGCGAAGAGUCCAGGAAGAAAAACGACACCGAUAAGAGCUCAAAACUGAACGCAGAGCGUUUGUUGUUAGAAACAUCAGAGGUACAGCUGGAGGAAAGCUGUGAUAGCCAGCAGUUCUCGACAUUGCUUGCUUUCAUCAAUGGUGACUAUCCAGUACAUAGUCGAGCGGCGUUCCAGCCAGGCCCAGCUAAGCACACGCCAAGUGGCACUGGAGCAGAAGCCAAGGAAUCAUCAACUUUGGACAAGACCUUGGAGAUCGUCCAGAAUGUGCCAGAAACCGCUGUCAAGUGCUUGGUACCAUCGAUUCAAAAGAGCCCAAAAACGGAUGUCAAUUGCCUCGGAGACUAUCUAUGCGCUUGUUUCGCUGGUUGUCAACAUAAGGCUGUCCGCACGAAGGACUACGUCUACGCAAGCAGUAGUGGAAGUGAAUGCGGAGAUUUUGUGGAUAUCGCGGGAGCACUCGAUCACGAACACGGCAACAGAAGUCGAAAUGUAUCUCCGGCUGAUGGUUGGAAAUGCAAGGACAUUGCACAGCGUGUGGCGCCUAAUGGAGACAGGACUCCGGAUCGGUCCACCCAUGCUUUCAGUGCUCUUGGUUCGAAUUGUAAUUUGCCGAAGUUGACAUCUCCGUACAAAAUGGGUUCCAAGUUUUUAACAUACACCGUGCAGUCUUCAAGAUCUGAAAGAGAUGAUCAGGCACAUGGUGACACGCCGAUGACUGUUCACCGCUCCUACCAAGACGAGGUGCCCAUACUAAAGCAAUUCUCCCUUGAUAGAUGCCCCACUCAGCCCUCCCUGGGCACUCUCCCAGAAUGCGUACUAACGCCGGGAAAGUGGCUGUCCCCGCUGAUAACAACCAACCCGAGGUGGUUGAGUGGUCCGCUAUCACACGAGUUGAUCCGAGAUAUAAGAAACCUCCAGGCCGCUGAGCAAAACGAGAUCAAUAGCAAGGCUACAAGCGGCUUACAGCAAAUAGAAGUACCUGCAACUGAGGGAUUGCUAUCGAAACCUAGCCGCUCGCCGACACAAGCGGAUAGCACUACUUGCCAAGGCGAUAUGACAAGAGAUAUGGAUGCUCCCCAAGCUGAAUCAGAUAUGGAGAUGGUUCUGGACGACUAUGUGAGUUCCUCAUCCGCUGCUAGCGACAAAAGAUACAGUCUAAAACUCAGACUCAACCCAUACAAGAGGACAAGAGGUGAAGGUGGUGACGUAUCUACCAGAGCGAAGGAUGACGGACAUGCGUGCUGGGAGAACAGAACUCGCUACAGUUGCCGAAAUACCGUGACUUCGAUUGAGCAGGGUGCUUCUCCAGGAGUUGAUGUCGGUAUGAUUGGGCUUGAAACGCAACAACGGACCACAAAACGCACGCCGAGAAGUUGUACAGUAAAGCAAGAGUCCAAGGCACUCAAUCAGAAUAGACCAACCCAACGGACACGCUGUAUAGAUACGAGUGUGUUUAGAGGUAAAAGACGGGAGGACAUAUACAAGGCGAAGGCUGGGCCGAGGGGAAGUGGGGUGGUAAAGAUGGAAGUAAGGGGGAAGAAAAAGCAAGCCGGCAGGCGCACAGAACCCCAACAGACCGUUGAGUACAAAAAACUGAUUCAAAGGUAG